AAUCAUUACAAACUGAGCCCUCUGAACACCCUCAAGAAUCAUUACAAAUUGAAGUUUCUGAACUGCCUCAAGAAAAAACUGAGGCCUCUGAACUGUCUCAAGAAAAAACAGAGGCCUCUGAACUGCCUCAAGAGACCUCUGAACUGCCUCAAGAAACAUUACAAACCGAGGCCUGUGAACUGCCUCAAGAAACAUUACAAACUGAGGCCUCUGAACAGCCUCAAAAAACAUUACAAACUGAAACCUCUGUACUGCCUCAAGAAACAUUAACAACUGAGGCCUCUGAACUGCCUCUAGAAACAUUAACACCUGAGUUCCCUGAGCUGCCUCAAGAAACAUUACAAACUGAGACCUUUGAACUGCCUCGAGAAACAUUAACAACAGAGGCCUCUGAACUGUCUAAGGAAUUAUUACAAACCAGGGCCUCUGAACUGCCUCAAGAAACAUUAACAACCGAGUUCUCUGAGCUGCCUCAAGAAACAUUACAAACUAAGACCUUUGAACUGCCUCGAGAAACAUUAACAACUGAGGACUCUGAACUAUCUAAAGAAUUAUUACAAACCAGGGCCUCUGAACUGCCUGAAGAAACAUUAUAA